UAUAUUAAUUGACUUCAGCUCCCCAGGAGCAGGGAUGGAGAGUUGGAGACCAUUUAUUUUAUUCCUCAGUACAUUGCCCUCUACAUGUUAGUUCAUAGUAAAAGUUGCCAGUUCUGUUUCACCUUAUUUAAUGGUCACUACAGAAAUAAUGUAUUUUUAAUGGGCAGGUUUGAAUGGGCAGGGCAGGUUCGCUCUCAGUCUCUUCUCUCUGAUAAGGUGUGUUUGUUUACCUUCUCACUCUACUACUUGACUCUGUAACAGUCCCAUAUUCCUAGUAUCGAAUUCACCUCACUCCAUCUCUGCGAGACAAUGAAGGAUACACACACCCUGCUUAAUCUACUUCUGCUGCUAGUGUACCUAGCAGCCUGUGGCUGUUUUGAUGAACUUCCAGGAUCAGCUUUGACCACUGAUGGAGGGAGUGGCAGUACCAAUGGUCCCUUGGAACUAACCAUUGUGGGACCUGACUUUGUUAAAGUGGGUGUGCCACGCAGCUUUGACUGUGCUGCCCAGUGCUCUCCUUCCUGUAGCUACAGAAUGAGUAUCGACGGGCAGAUUUGGCAUGGCAACGAGCUGUUGUUCACAGCUCGCCAAUGGGAGGAGUCCCUAAACCUCACAUGCACUGCAAGGAAUGAUGAAUCUGGGAGGUCCUCUACAGUAACAAAGAUACUGCAGGUUUUAGGUGCGUGGGUGGUUUGUUGUUUUUAUAACACUUCACUUGAAAUUAAAGCUGGACCUACCAACGUAUCGAUCACAGGCCCUGCCCUGAUGACCCCAGGGGCCCCUCAAAGCUUCCAGUGUAACGCAGACUGCCGUCCCUCCUGCAACUACACCUGGAAGAUAAAGGGCAGAUGGCUCGGGGGGCAGGGGAACAAGAUUACUGUAACUCCCGAAGAGUUGGCCACCUCUGCUACCCUGAACUGCAAGGCCAUCAACAGUGUGUCUGGGCUCUAUGCCAUGGCAACCAGGACAAUUCCUGUAACAUCUGGUCCAUCAGAGGUCCACGUCAUCGGCCCAGACUCUGUUGCAGUCGGCUUCAAGUCCAUGUUUCAGUGCACUGCCAAAUGCACUCCCGCUUGUGACUACCACUGGACCAUUGAUGGUCACACUGUCCACGGUAGUGAGAUGGAGAUGACGGUCGAGCGAAAUGUGAAGUCAGAGAAGAUUAUGUGCCACGCUCAGAAUACGGUCUCAACUCAUUUUGAGGUGGUCACCAAGUCCGUACGGGUGGAAGAAAAUGACAAAAAGAAGAUCCUCUCCAAAAAAUAUGGUUGUCAAGCUGUGUCCAGUUUGUGUUUGUCCAAGAAGACCAUCUCUGGGAGGAAGCAUCAGCAUUGUACAGCAGCUGAAACCUGGUCCCGAUUGAGUCCGAACAUACCUUGCUGACAACACCAGGUUCCAGAGCAUUAAAGCUGUAAAACAGGAAUAUAGACUGAAAAUAGACAGGACAUUAAAACCUUGAAUACUAGCUACAGUGACUUCAGAAAGUAUUCACACUCCCUGACUUCCACAUUUGGUUAUGUUGGAGUCUGAAUUUAAAAUAGAAU